UUUGAAAAAACAUCGUUUUCCUUUGUCCGAUAGAUCUGUCUCGUGACAGAACAAUAAUAAAGGCAACAUUUUUAAGCGCGCCCACAUUUUAUUCCACUUCUCCGCAAUUCAAUUUUUCAAUUUAAAUUUCAAAAAUUCAUCGUAUCUCUCUCUCUCUCUCCUCCACUCUUCACUCUCUUAAACAGAUCCAAUUUCCUUUCCCACAAAAACCCUAAUUCACCUAAAUUCAUCUUUUUCUGUUUCCCUUUUCUCCCAAUUUCGUUCCAAACUCCCUCGUGUAUGGAUGACGAGUGCUAUUCGUCGCAGCAAUCGAUUUUGACUGUUCAAUCUGCUUCAAAGAUUAUGAGUGAGAAGCGAGUUAAUACUCAAUUGGGAGAUAAGCAUGAGCCUCCUCGAAAACGUGCCAAAAUGAGAGAUCUUGAAUCCGUGGUUCAUUCCGCAGAAAAGACAAUCGGCAAAGAAAACAUUGUUCAAUCGUCCUUUGGUGAUAAUGAGAUGUCACAAAUUACCAAGGUGCCUUUGACUGUGGACAUGGAUGUUUCGAAAGAAGAGCAAGAUGGAAGGAGCAAAUUGGUUAGCCCGAGGCUUUUGGAUCUUAAUACCGAAGCUAGUGUUGCCAGGCAUUCUUCUUUGUAUUCAGAUAAAAGUGGUGGAUUUGGUGAGAAUCUCAGUAAGGAUAAGGAACCAUUGUGUGAGAAGCAGGAAGGAGAACACUGCGGUGAUGUGAAUGAUAGGGGAAUUAAUGUGGAUCUCAAUGCAGAAGAUGUUACUAGCUCUGUGAAUGUGGGACCAGUGAGUUUUCACAAAGGACACAGUCAUUUUAAGUCAAAGGACAUGUCCGAGAGUGGGAGCAGUACUGGACCUCUGAAAGAGAACGAUUCAAUGAGAAUAUGGACGGAGAUGAAGCGCAACGGUUUUAUUUCAUCCACUCAUGGAGGCAUUCCGGUGCCAAAGAAACGUGGGAGGAAAAGUAAGAGUGAAAUUCUCGAGCAAAAGAUGGAGCUUGCAAAGAGAGAGCAAAUUAAUAGGUUUACAAAGAUCGCAGCUCCAAGUGGACUACUGAAUGAAUUGAACCCUGGGAUUAUUAAUCAUGUAAGAAAUAGAAGACAGGUCCAUUCAAUUAUUGAGGCUCUUGUAACUGAAAAAAAUGGAAAUAGGAGCAUGGGGAGCAAGCAAGCAGCACAGCGAAUGAGUGGAAGUAUAGACGUUAACCAGAGGGACCUAGAAUGUGCAAAAGAUGUGAGUAAGCACGAGCUUACUUUUUCUCAUGAAGAAGGGACAUUUCAUGGCUCCACAGGUGGUAGGCAAGCACGAAAGACUCCUUUGACAAAGAACGAUUCCUCAUGGAUUUUGGAGGAUAAUGGUUGUGAUCAUGACACAUACAGUGGAGAGAAAGCUGGCCUUAAAGACUGUGUAUCAAAUGCAAGUCAUGUUCCAGAAGAUGAUAUUUUAUCGCUGAAAUUGUCAUCUUCAAUGAAUGCCUCAAUGAGUUCCACCAAUUUGUCAAAUGAAGAAAAAUCUGCUACUGUUGCUUCUCAAUGGUUGGAGCUUCUACAUCAAGACAUCAAAGGGCGUCUUUCGACUUUGCGUCGCAGUAGGAGGAGAGUUCGGUCUGUCAUCACUACUGAGUUGCCUUUCCUAAUGUCGAAGGAAUUUGCAAAUAACCAAAAUUAUGACCCUUGUGGUAUGAAAAUUUCUGCGGAACUUCCCCCUAGCAAAAUAGCAGAAUUGCAUCAGGCAAGAUGGACUGCUUUAUUUGAUCAUAUGGAUGAAGCACUUUCAGAAGAGGAAAAACAACUUGAAAGUUGGUUGAAUCAAAUAAAAGAAAAGCAACUGCUAUGUGAUCAAGGCCUGCAACAUGUAAACUGGAGCAAGGCUUUGGCAACUUCAGAAAAUAACUCCAGAGCGUCACAAUUAGACAACUCGGAGAAAGAGUUAGCUGUUAAUGCCGCAGCAGCUUCCAUAUAUUCAACAUGCAAUUUUCUACUGUCAGAGCUUAGUUGAGUUUGACAUUGAGUUUCAUCUGAUUAUGUUGGUUGUCAUGUUUUCUCCUUAAUGAGUAGAGAUUGCAUUAGAAAUUGCCAUUGGCAUGUAGGAAACAAUAGUUUAGAUUCAAAGAUGAGCAAGUCUUGACACUUGUGAUUGUAACUCUAGCUGCGGAAUUAAUUUAUUUUUCACUUUCUUUUGACAAGCUCUUUUUAUAAAAAAUUGACCAAUAAUCGUGACAAAAAGUCCAA